AUGGUGACUGCAGCUCUUAAGAGAUUCUGGUCCGGUGGGCGCAGUGAAGCGGGAGGAGAGGCGAGUGGUGCUCCGACGGUGGCGGUUAAGCCGGGGGUGUGGACGCGACUGGGCACCUGGGCCCGCGCGCUGCUCCGGGAUUACGCCGAGGCGUGCGGAGAUGCGGCGGCUGCGGCGCGAGCUCGCCCGGGCCGCGCGGCCGUGUACGUGGGGCUGCUGGGCGGCGCCGCUGCGUGCUGCGCGCUGGCGCCCAGCGAGGCGGCUUUCGAGGAGGCCUUGCUUGACGCGUCAGGGUCGCUCUUGCUGUUGGCGCCGGCCACGCGCAACCGCCACUCGGAAGCGUUCUUGCAGCGCCUGCUGUGGCUGAGGGGCCGCGGGCGGCUGCGUCACGUGAACCUGGGCUUCUGCUCGCUGGUUUACGAGGCGCCCUUCGACACCCAGGCCAGCCUCUACCAAGCCCGCUGCCGCUACCUGCAGCCACGCUGGGUGGACUUCCCCGGCCGCGUCCUCGACGUGGGGUUUGUGGGCCGCUGGUGGAUCCUGGAGAGCCGUAUGCAUGAUUGCGACAUCAACGACGACGAGUUUCUCCACCUGCCGGCGCACCUCCGCGUCGUCGGGCCUCACCAGCUGCGCUCUGAGGCCAAUGAGAGGCUGUUCGAGGAGAAGUACAAGCCGAUCGUACUCACCGACGAUCAGGUGGACCAGGCGCUGUGGGAGGAGCAGGUGCUGCAGAAGGAGAGGAAGGAUCGGCUCGCUCUGAGCGAGGCUGAUUCACUGGUUCAGUCCGAUGCUUCCAGAUGAGACCGAAGGCUGCCUCCGCGUCACUAGCAGGCGCAGGCAAACUGUUGCCGCGGAUGGUGCAGUUGGUGAGAUGGAUAGAGAUAAAUGACCCUCAUUGUGAUUUUUAUGGGAAGCCCUCACUCUGUCCUGGUAGGUGAAGCAAAUUGGGAGUCCUGCUCGUCUUGGAGAUACCCAAGAGCUGAAGGACUGCUCUUCCACAUGGGGAAGAGCUGAAGCACUUGACAUUAUUGUGCUUAUAGCCCCACGCCUACUAGGAAGAAAACUGCCGUGUAACCUAUCGUAGCUGGGGGUGUACUUCAAGGGCAGAGCAUUUGCCUCACAUGCCUGGGUUCCUGGCUUGCAUUUCCAGCACUGUAAAAACAGAACAGAAAUGGGCUAUUGGUUUUGGGAAUUUUAUUUAUUUGGUUGGUUUUUGAGAAUGUGACUCCCAUAUGCCCAGUCUGGCCCUGACUCCUGCAUCACCUCUAGUGCUCCACAGUGUACUCUGCCCAUCAUGCAUUAGUCCUGUUCACAGAUGGGGCUACAAAGACAUCCUCAUUGCCAGUGACUCCCAAGAUCCUAAUACCAUUCCCUCAACUCCCCUUUUGGUAGUGUGUGUCUGUGUUACCUAGGCUAGUCUAGAAUUCAUGGGCAAAGGGUUUUUCCAGGAGCUGCAAGGAUAGCUCAACGUUUAGGAGAACUGGCUGUUCCUUCCUUUGGAGAACCUGCACUCAGUUCUCAACAGCCUGAUCUGUAACUCCAGUUCAGGAACUCCAGCGUUCUCUCCUGGGUUCCUUGUGUGCUAGGCAUGCGUGUGGUGGCACACAGACAAAACACCCACACAUGUAUUUUAAAAAUUCUCCUAAAUCACCUCCCAAAAAUGAUGUGCCAGCUUGCCUAAACUCAGAUUUUUCUUUUUCAGUUGGAGCUGAAAUGUCUGUGUUGGGGUUUGGUUUUUUGUUGGUAUUUUUUGGUUUGUUUGUUAUACUUCUCCCCAGAACUGGCUAUGAAGAACAAUUUGUCCUUAAACUCAGAGAUUUGUCUGCUUCUCAAAUUGGAUUAAUUUGGUUUGGUUUGUUUCUGAGAAGUGGUCUCACAGCCCAGACCAGCCUCAGACUCACUGUGUAGCAAAGGAUGGGUCCUCUUGCCUGAACUUCCCAAAUGAAUGAGAUGUUUCUCUCCUGUGAUGUAUUAUUGUUGCCUACUUGUGAUAGACAUUAAAUCCAGGCGCUUGUACAUCCUAGGCAAGCACUGUACCCCCAGUCCUCUUGGGGUUUUCUGUUUUGUUUGAUAAUCUCUUUAUGUAGUCCCCAAGGACCUUUGACCUAGUUUGUCUUAACUAGUAACUUUGUAUAUUACUGUCAGUGCAGAAGAUAGAUACAGAGGCAAACCAGUUCUGCUGUAUAUAUGUAUGGCAGCAACUACAAGCCUGGUGGAAGGCUGGAACAUGCUCUGAUCCCAGAGUGUACAUGAAGUCAUAUGUCAUUAUACUGCAGGGAUCCUGGAAACGGUUGGGUAGAAAGGAACAGGGUGGACACAUAGGUUGGACCUGGCAAGAUUCUGGUAAUUAUCUUUCAAGCUAAAAUAUUAGGGAAGCAAAACUUCCCAUAUCAGGUGGGUUAUGGCUGGUCAAUAAAAGCGGGAGAUGAAGCAGUCAUUUUUGUCAUGGAUUUGUUUAUGGGGUCUUCACACAGACUAAGCAGUGCAGUACACUGAGCUACCCCAGUCCUAGUGGUGCGGUUGUGUUUGCCACUUAUUGAAAGUAUGGUAGUUGGUUUUGUUUGGUUAGUUUCUCAAAACAGUUCUCUUUGGAGACCUGGCUGUCCUAGAACUCAAGAGAUACCCCCGAGUCUUAGCUUCCGGAGUGGAACCAUUAAAGGUGUGUGCCACCACCUCCUGUGAAAGGUAGUUCCUGAAUCCAAGUCUUCUGGCCAGGUGAUGAUGCUAAUUCACAUCUUCUGGACUGGCAAGGUGCCUCAGCAGGGGAAGACAUGUUCAGCCAAGCCGACCACCCGAGUCCAUGCUCUGGGACUCACACAAAAGAACUAACUCUGCCAAGUUGUCUCCUGCAAGUUGUGACCUACAGGUACACAAAAUAAAUUAAAAUGUAAUACCGGAUUCAAAAAUAAUCCACAUCUCAA